UGAGGCUUCAGGUGUUUGCGGGAACCGGUUCAAGACAAUGAGCACACGUAGUCGUCUUUUGACAGCCUCUCUUUCUCCGGCGUAACUAUGGAGGAUGGCGAGUUAGUAAUCCGGUUGCCAGGGCGAUCUGACUCACCCGUGGGCAAUAUUAGCCGUGGCGCCGGCGGUGGGUUGGGUGAGACGUUGGUGUUGCGGCACAAAGAGGUUCACCACUUCUUCUUCGUCCCCUUCAGGGAGCAGCCCAUCUACAGCACGAGGGCCCACGUCUUCCAGAUCGACCCCAACACCAAGAAGAACUGGCUGCCCACCAGCAAGCACGCCGUCACGGUCUCCUACUUCUACGACAGCACGCGCAACGUCUACCGCAUCAUCAGCCUGGACGGCACGAAGGCAAUAAUUAACAGCACCAUCAGUCCCAACAUGACGUUCACCAAGACCUCACAGAAGUUUGGCCAGUGGGCGGACAGUCGAGCUAACACCGUCUACGGCCUGGGAUUCUCGACUGAGCAUCAUCUAGCCAAGUUUGCAGAGAAGUUCGCGGAGUAUAAAGAAGCAGCCCGACUGGCGAAAGAGAAGAGUCAGGAAAAGAUGGACAUGGCCAUGUCCCCCUCUCAGGAGUCUCCAGGAGGAGAGCUCUCGUCACCUUUGACCCCUGUGACUCCGCCCAUGGAAAGCAUCAACGGCACGGAUGACAUCUGUGACACGCCUCCCAACUCAGACAGCCGCCCAGAGCCGUCUCAGAACGCACUGGCCUUUGCACACAGCCCUGCCAUGACAAAACACUGGGAGGCUGAGCUGGACGCCCUGAAGGGGAACAACGCCAAGCUAACCGCGGCUCUGCUGGAGUCCACAGCCAACGUCAAACAGUGGAAACAACAACUGGCUGCCUACCAGGAAGAGGCCGAGAGACUACACAAACGGGUGACAGAGCUCGAGUGUCAGAGCAUCCAAACGCCAGUGAUCAAAUCCCAGAAGACUGAACUCAACCAAACCAUCGAGGAACUGGAGAAUACCCUCAGGGAUAAAGAAGAGGAAAUAGAAAAAUUUAAAGAGGAAUUGGAAAACAUGAAUGACCUGAUGGAGCAGAAGGACACACUUGCCCAGAAACUUGAUGAGACCGAGCUGCGCAGCCGGGUGCUGGAGGAGCAGCUGGUCGGGGCCGAGCAGCGGCUGGAGGAGAACCAGGAGGAGCAGGAGAGUUUCAGGAAGAGCCUGCGGACACUGCUGGAGCUGCUGGACGGCAAGAUCUUUGAGCUGACGGAGCUCCGAGACACCUUGGCUCGGCUGAUCGAGGAGGCCAGCUAGAGACCGAGCUGCCUCCUCUUCACAGACAGAGCCAUAUGAUCAUUAACAUCCUGGUACCCGCUACUCUCACGCAUCGGUUGAACCCACUCCGCCCCGCCUUCCCCACGCACAUUAGAACUGAGACACGACACUGCCCACGAUUACGAUUUUGCUCAAAAAAGGGCAGCUAACUCCCUGCUUACCUCGGAGGCAUCGAGUUCCAACCAACCGCAGUCACACCUGUAGUUCAAGACGACACAGGGACUACCUCGUCUCGGCCUUCUGAUUGGCUGGCGGAGGUGUGACCGUGGUUGAAUUGAUCUCUCCGGAGGUAGAGAUGCAUGUUGUGGAUGCAACUGUUCCCCUCACCACCCACACCACGUCAAAGAGUUAACUUGAGAUCUGUGCCUCUGCGCCAUCUGCUGUUGGUCUGGGGGAGCUGCACGACAGCUUGCAGCAUCACACACACACACACACACACACACCUUUUCUUCCUCUCUAAACUGCCCUCCCUCCUCCUCCCCCCCACACACACAGGGGAAUGUUGAAAGUCAUGUGGAAAUGAUUGCUGUUAAGACUCAGAGAACUGCGCCAAAGCUGCCAAAUCCCCCAAAAUAGUGUCCUCUAACAAGCAGACGCUUUGAUCCAAAGUGACUUCCUGAGCGGAGCAGCAGAGGCCCGUGUCUGAGCGAGGGCUGCCAGCGGAGCGUCAACAGAGAGUUAAAGGCGGCCUCUCCACCAACCGGCCUCACCGAUUGGCCGGGGCACACAGGGCUGCUGGGACAGAACGUCGGGUUAACUGAUCCAGAGUUACUUCUCCACACCCUGCUCACAAUCCGGCUUCAUUAACGAGUAUUGAAUCUUCCGGAGGCGUUGUUCAUGCCACGCUCAGAUUUUAGAGGCCACGUUCGAUUCGGCUUGAGAAUUCCUGAAUCCAGACGGCUUCCACCGCCAGACACCUGACCUGUCUUCCUGCCAAACUCAGUGUGGCGUGUGUCCCCGAAUAAGGCCUGACCUUUGACAUAACGUGUGCCUUCAAAGCACAUAUGCGUCGACACAUGUUUGCAUAUGAUAUGUGUGUGUGAUUUGUGCUGUUUUCGGACAUCAAGGCCCACACACACACACACACAAACACUGAGCAAUACCAGACAGGCUCGAUACAACACCUCUAUAUUACUCUAUCAGGUACUCUAUUCAGUGGACACAUGCAGAUAGGUCAGAUGCAGCUCAGCUGAUCCCCCCCUGUCCGACAGAAAGUUAACUACUGUUGACCGUGAACCUGUGUGGCAGCCCUGUCUGGGAGGAGUCGUGCUGAGCGAAGGGCUUAUAGAGGGUCAUCUACGUGUAAAUCUCCACCCUCAGUGAAACUGGACUCCGACGUUCACUCUUCACGGGUGAAUAUAGAACUGUACUCAGUUUCUAUUCUUUUUUUACACAGGAUAUAACGGUGAUAAUAUAAUUAUAGAGCUGUAUAAGAUAACUUUCUACUCAUGACAUUGUAAAUGAACGGAUGGAUAACUCGAAUACAGUAACGCCCUGCAGUGGCUUAUUGUUGUGUAUUAACCAAUGGAAAAGUAUUGCAUCGUUAUUAUAGAGUAUAUAUUCUGUAGGUGAACAAUGAAAACCUCUUGAGUAUAUAUUUAAAAUGCGUAACAACACGAUGUAAACACAUAGUGUUAAGCGUUCUGUACCAAAACAUACACUUCUCAAGCAGCUCAUGUACAGGUUAAAUCACAAAACUGCAUCUUAAAAUCUCAUCUUAAAAACUUAACAUUUCUAAAAAAAACGAUAUCCUCACAUGAAAUUCUGCUUAUUCUACCUUUCAAUUGAGCACCCUGUUUGCACUAAGUUAUUACACUGUUGUAACUACAUUAUAUAUCAAGAGAUUUGCAUUUAAUACUAGCACAGCAUCAUUAUUUCAUUACAAAUAUUGUAGUUAGUGACACAGGUUAAUACACUGGAAUAAGAACCAUGUAAAGGAAGUUACCCAUUUCUUUUCUUUCUGGUUUAACUUUGACGGUCGAAUGACAGCGAUGGAAUACCCUGAUAUUAAUGCUAUUGUUAAUGAAUGCCUUUGUACAGUAGUGGAUAAGAAGCUUUUCAUUCUCCUGUUUUGUAACUUAUGGUAUUUAAAUGUAGGUAUUAUUAUUGUAUUUAGAGGUAUGAGAAGAAUGGCAAUAUUUUCGACUAUUUAAAGUAAUUUUGAACUCAUGAUAUUAAAGAGGUACCUCAGGCUUAUGAUGUUCGUAGAUUGGUAAGACUUGUGUGUUUACAGGUGAAAUGAUUCACCGAAUGCUGGUGAAUAACGAUCAGGAGACACACCUGUCGGUGCUUCAGCCAAAUGAAAUCCUUUGUUGAUUUCCAACAAAGAUGGCAUGAGCAGGAUGAGAAGACGCCUUUGUGAACUGAGAAAUGCUAUGUUUUAUAUUCAAAUACAGAGACGGCAGAAUGCAGUGUGUGCA